CGCUGGUCGUCGACAUCAUGGCCUUUGCACGCAGGUUAGCCAUUCUCCCGGGCGGCCUUGGUGGCCUGGGCUCGAGCAUCGGCAAGAAGCUCCGCCAGCAAGGCGCCCGACUGGCCAUUCUGUAUGCCCCUUUCGAGGCCACCCGGCGAGACCAGCUGCUGGAGGUUGGCUACGGCGAGCUUUCCUCCCGCGAUGGGAUCCAGACCUAUGAAUGUGACAUCACGGCCCCGGAGUCGGUCCAAUCCGUCUUCAGCGCCCUGGAAGAAGACGUUCUGGCUCCCUCACCACCGGCUCAGUCUUCUCGAGCCUUCCCCAGUAUCUUGAUCAACACGGCCGGAUACGUGUCGUUGAGCGACUUGGAGCUCACCCCGCCCGAGGAGACCGUGAAACACCUGCAUACCAACGUCCUGGGCCCGAUGCUCUGCUCUCAGGCCUUUGCCAGGCUGUACAUGACUGCUGCCCAGGUGGCCCAAUCCUCGCCCAGCCCCCCGCCACCGGGGCGCAUCGUCAACAUUGCCUCUCAAGCAGCGCAUGUGGCCCUACACCGGCACGGGGCUUACUGUGCCUCCAAGGCCGCCCUGUUGGGGCUGACGCGCAGUAUGGCUUCCGAGUGGGGAGGCCGCGGCAUUACGGCGAACAGUGUGUCCCCGACAGUGGCCUGGACUGCCCUGGGACAGAAGGCCUGGGGGGAGGACACGGUGCGAGAGGCCUUUUUGAAAACGAUCCCCACCGGCAAGUUCGCGCUUCCCGAAGAGGUGGCGGACGCGGUCCUCUUUCUGUGUCAGGAUUCCAGUGGCAUGGUCAAUGGGGCGGACAUUCGAGUGGACGGCGGCUUCACCAUUAGGUAGUGUGAAGGUAUUCCAGGACGGGGGAGCGAUGGCCUUGUCUACCGAAAGCGUCUAGGGCUUCAAGAGCAAUUCGGUACUGGAUAGUAUGAAUAAGCCUCUCUGUCCCAUAUUUCAUCGACCUGUGCCACUAGCUACACAUACAGAUGAUAAGAUUGUGAAAGUUUUGGCAGACAACGAAGGGUGCCAAUGGGUUAGAGAUGGCGUAGUCUACAAUGUAAUUAUCAUCUUCCCCCGAGAUCCAGGCCAAUUGGGACGACGCAC